AUGUUCUCAUUCAUUACUGCAAUCUGCUUACUUGGAGUUGUCACGGCUUGGCCUGGCCAAAUAAUUCCUCCACCGCCUCCUCCACCCCCUCCACCAUUGGGACCUCACCCAGUUAUAUUUCCGCCCAAUGCCCCUGUACCUCCUCAUCCCACUCCAUCCCCUCCACAACCCGCACCUUGGCCAUUUGUUGAAGUUGUACCGACACCGCCCGAAAUUCUCUACCCCUACCCUCCUUCUUCCGGUUUCUCGAGUUAUCCUUGGGGCCCGAAGCCUGAAGUGCCCGAAGUCCGAAGAUACGAAGAUUGGUAA